AUGAAUGGGAAGAUUGGAGUAGCCUCUUCAUUAGCCGGAAGGAAUUUCUCUCCACUAGCGUCAUUCGAAGAACGAACAAAAAAAGGUUACUGUUUAGGUAGGAUGGAUGGAUGUAGUCCAAUGGCUAAAGCUCUGCCAGCUUCUUGUAGACUGAACUCUCUUCUCUUUAGGCUCAGAGUUGUUUUGGGGUAG